AGCUUUUUAUGGCAUGUAUUUUUCUCCAUUCAUGACAGUUGGUAUUGAUUCUGGCUUACCAUUAAUUAGCAUUCAUCAAAUGUAGGUUUCCUUAAUGGAGCUGGUGGAAACUUUGAUACUUAAUCCAUUACAUUUACUUUUCCAUUUCCAUUUACCUCACCUUGCCAGUUACAGUUGUCUCUUCUUGUUUUUUAGCCAGUCAUUCCCACCUCAGUUUGCUUGGUUGUCUCAUUCAUUGUUCCCACUUGAUUCACUUCUCUCUCCCCAUUCUAUUUUGCCCUUCUCUGUUUCACUGGCCAUUAAGUUGUUGUUCUUGUCACGUUCCUCUGUUCUUACUGAUUCCUAUGAUUCCUAGUCCCAGCUCUUCCCCUCUUUUCUUCCUUCAUGUUCCUCAUUCAGAGUCAUUCUUGAAAUUUCUUUCCUUGAGUUUCCUUUGAGGAUCCUUGCUCCAGCCAUUUUGACAUCACAGUUUCAGAGGACUUCCAGAUCGUUUUCUCUGUUUAGAUGCCUGCCGCCUUCCUCCUUGUUGCCGGGGCCUGAUACAGGACUACCUGUUCUUCCUUUUGCUUUCUCACUGAACUGCAUCUGGCAUGGGCUGUAAUAACUUGGAAGCAGGUGACUUGUUUUGGCAAAGAGUAUAGGCAGUCACAGAAACAAGAAGUUCUGGGAACCAAGCCCAGGGCAAACAAACUGGAGCAUUUUAGCACUGAGGAAUUUAUUUAACUUUUUGAAAGGAGUUGUCAUGUGUCUCUGAAACAGUGGGGAAAGAAAGGCAAGGGGAGAAGUAAAACUGGGCUGAAACAUGUUUGAGACUCCCCUGAAGAUGCUGCUGUUGCACUGGUUAAUGCUCCUGAUCUACUCAUAGGGUGGAUCAGGUGAUUGGCAUAGCACAAUGAUGUUAAAACUUGGAAUUUUUACUCUAUUUGAUUUAAGGAGUUAAACCAACUCAGAUUGAUUUUUUUCUGGACAAGCUAAAAUAUAAUGAUUGUGUUGUCUUUUUAAAAAAUAGUCAAAAACAUUGUGCACAGUGGUGCUAUGUGUGUGUUGAAAAGAGUUGUGUAUAUGAUACAAAUCGCCUUUAUUUCAGUUUUUAUAGAAAAUCUGUUCUCUUUUUCCAAAAGUUUCCUUCGCUGUACAGUGCUAAAAGAUGGUGCCUCUACUUAUUUUCUUUAGCCACCUCUGUAUUGUUUUCAAUGUGAGGAAAGUUUGAUUCUUAUUGUGUUAUGGUGUUACUGUGACCAUUUGCUUGUGUAAUGGUGCUGCUGACUUCCACUGUAGGUGCAGUCCUGUUUAGAAGUGAAUGUCCUUCUGCAGUGUUGUGUGCUGUGGCAGCUGUCACAGAAUUGGAGACAAUUCAGUUGCCAGUUUCACUUUUUGUCCACCCACUCGUAGUAUCUGGAAGAUCUUCAAAUUGAAUCAGUACACAGGCUCCUCAAACAAAAGCUGUGAAAACAAAUUGGGAAAUAAAAAGUGUUUUUGUUCCUUCAAAAUGUCAGGCAUUCAGAGAAAUAGUCUAAACUUACAUUGGAUAAUUUUUCUACUCUCAUCUAACUAUGCUGCUCUGUAUUGCUUUGUCUUCCUUUUAGUAUGUUAAUAUCUUGGAUUUUUUUUCUUUAUAUAACUGGGUUUUCCCCCCUCUGUAUAAUCAUAGAAAGCAGAUAUUUCAGGAGUAUGUUAGUCACAAUAAAAAUUAUCUUCAUCCUCUCUUGUUCAGAUUGGGUUUUGUGUUUGCAUAAUACACAUAUUUAGUUUUAGGCUAACAAAAAUGGAGUUUUGACAGUGGACUGCUAUGUAAGGCGUGAGCUGUACAGCAAUUCUGCCUGCUCUGUGUGGUUUAAAAACAGAGGCUCAAACCCUCAGCCACGGGUGUGGAUACUAUAUAUUGAGGAGUGAUGUGCCCAGAUUUCAUGUCAGAUGCUGUUGCCUUAUAUUCACUGCAUUCUUAACUCAUUAUUUGUGCACAGAGCAGUUUGAUCAGUGGUUAUAAACUUCAGCUGAGUUGCAAAUGUGUGCAAAUCAUUUACUAGAGUGGGCUUGUCCUUUUAAACUGCACUGGGCACAUAUGACAGUUUAUGAAAUGCUCCUUGUAUUAGCAGAAAUUCUCAGAUGCUAAAUCAGUUGCUCUGGGAAUAAUAGUUGUGCUACUUGAAUGUAAUUUUUUGGGCAGAUGUUAUCAGGAAGAAUUUGGAGUUUUUUUCUGAAAAAUAUUCUGUAAAAUAAAUACAGAGAUGGGCCCACGAUCACACAGGAAGUCUAUAGCUGAGCCUACCAAACUUUCUCUUAAUCCAUCCUUCCUGUUAGAGUUUUACAUUAUUCGUGUUCUAGAGAUUAUAUCAGCUGUGUGGGUAUAAAGAUGGAUUUCUCUUUCACUUUUCAGUUUGUAAGUCCUUAAUUUUCAAUGCUCAUUUUUGUUUAUAAACAGUAAGUAGUAAUUUCAUCAAGGUGUGAGGUUUUUCCUUUUGUUGUAGACUAUUGUUUUACACUGUUUUGUCCAGAGAACUCUGCAGGUCGCUUGUUUUUCAACAUUUUGUGAUGCUGUAAAGACACAUUUGCGAUUCAUUCCUUGUAGCAUCCUUAGGUGUUGAAAUACUGGAAAGAAAUUCACUUUUUAGUAACUUUUCCCAAAUAAGUAGCUUUUCAAGUGCAAACACAAUAAAAUGUUAAAGCUUGAUCUGUUUCUUUAACAAGAUACUUGUGUUUUGAGUCAGCUGUGUGUUUUAGAGGGGAGGGAUGGCCAGGGAGAUGCACCUUUUCUCCUAAUAACUUUUUAAUUGUUUUGUAGCAUUCCAGACUGUAGUUCUUGAUGGUUUGUGAGUGCUGUUGUGUGAGCACUGUAGCAGUACAGACAGAAGGUUCUGUAUUUUGCAGUGUUCAAAGAACAAAGAUGUCGGAAAUCCAGUGUGAAAUUGCUGCAAAAACAGAGAUGAUUAUACAAAGAGUAGUGCUGAAUUCACGGCCUGGUAAGAAUGGAGUGCCAGUGGCUGAAAACUUCCGACUGGAGCAAAGUACAAUAGCAGACACAGUCCAAGCGGGACAAGUGCGUGUUAAAACUCUCUAUCUCUCAGUGGACCCCUACAUGCGCUGCCGAAUGAAUGAGGACACGGGCUCAGAUUACCUGCGGCCCUGGCAGCUGUCUGAAGUUGCUGACGGUGGGGGCAUCGGGGUGGUGGAGGAGAGCCAGCACCAUAACCUUGCUAAAGGAGACUUUGUAACCUCCUUCACUUGGCCCUGGCAGACAGCAGCAAUUCUUGAUGGAGACUCGCUGCAAAAGCUGGAGCCACAGCUUGUAAAUGGACGCCUUUCCUACUUUCUGGGUGCCGCAGGCAUCACGGGACUGACGGCGCUGUUGGGAAUCAGGGAGAAGGGACAUGUGGCCGCGGGUGCAAAUCAGACCAUGGUGGUGAGCGGGGCGGCCGGGGCCUGCGGCUCUUUGGCCGGCCAGAUUGGCCGUCUGGAGGGCUGCUCUAGAGUCGUGGGGAUUGCUGGCACAGAUGAAAAGUGCUCCAUAUUGGUCCAAGAAAUGGGGUUUGAUGCUGCUAUCAAUUACAAGAAGGGGGAUGUGGCAAAACGGCUACGUGAACUCUGCCCAGGUGGUGUGGAUGUUUACUUUGACAAUGUUGGUGGUGACAUCAGUGAUACAGUUAUAAGUCAGAUGAAUCAGAACAGUCAUAUCAUCCUGUGUGGACAGAUUUCUCAGUAUAACAAAGAUGUCCCUUAUCCCCCUCCACUGCCUCCUGACACAGAAAAAAUACAGAAAGAAAGGAACAUCACAAGGGAAAGAUUCUUGGUGUUGAACUACAUGGACAAACAAGAAGCUAGUGUAUUACAACUCUGCCAGUGGAUCCAAGAGGGUAAACUGAAGGUCAGAGAGACUGUGGUAGAAGGCAUAGCAAGCAUGGGUGCUGCUUUCCAGUCCAUGAUGAACGGAGGCAAUAUUGGAAAACAGAUCGUCUCAAUUUCGAAGUGAAAGUCAUUGGUUCGAGAAAAAUAAUUGCAUUCGGUCUCUAACAGUGGGCAAGUUUUUACUUAUACUAAUUUCCAUUUCUUAAAUAAACCAUUAAGUUGUUCUGUAUGUACUGAAAGCAGAGAUUUUGGGAUGCUAAUAAAUUAAAUUGAACUGGAAACAGCAAUGCAAUAAUUGAUACUCAAAUUGAGUAAUAAGUUCUUGACGUGAUUUUGACAGUUGCCACCCACAGUUGCAAAUAUUUAAUGGGUGUGGUUUAAAAGAACAUUCUGUGUUGUCCCAAGCACAGGCUUAUCACCUGGUUGGUGUGUGACAGCACUUGACACACCAAGGUGAGGAAUUCCUAUUUCUUUAUUGUAUUCUGUACAAAGUAGGAAGUUGGGGGGCAACUCACCAAAGUCUGGCUCAUCACCUGUGGAGAGCCUUGUGGACAGUUGGUUAGCUGAGAGGUCACGUCGACAUAAUGCCGCUGGUUAAGCUUGAAGGGGACAAGUAUAGGAGUCAGUAGUCAGUGUCCAAUAACAGGCAAGGACAUUGUGCCCUUGGUGCAACAGCAGGAUAGGGGAGAACAUCUUUGGCAGAAAUAUGAAGAAAAGUUUCAAUAAAAUAUCCCCAAGAAUGCAGAAGCAGGCGUAGCUGGCUGAUAAGUACCUAACCAACAGUGAGCUCGCCUUUGCAAUAUGUAUGAGCCUCAUUAACCCCGACAUAAAGAUGUGUACCUAUCAAUAAAGUUUGAGAUUUGCUGAUCACUCAUAUUGCAUGCUGCAUUUCUCCAGCCGAU